AUGUCGGUACAAGAAGACGAGCUCCUUGAACAAAAGCCCCAAUCAAGUGGGGAGGCAAUUAUGCAGUUAUCGGAAUUUAUAGCAAAGUCGGAUCAACACUUAGAUGUGGAAACCUAUGAGGAAACCAUUGAAGAGUACGAUGAGGAAGAGGAAAUGGAACAUCAAGAACAGCAUUUCCAAAAUGAGGACACCACGGUUCGAACUGAGAAAAGUCUUGGAACUUUGACGAAGAAGUUCAUUAAGUUUCUGCAAGAUUCUCCGCAUAGUCUUGUCGAUAUAAAUCAGGUUGGGAUUUGUUAUUUUUUAUAACAUUGCACAUUUAGUUCGUUCAACAGUCGGAAAGACUUAAUGUCAGCCAAAAGAGAAGGAUAUAUGAUAUCACCAAUGUUUUGGAGGGAAUUGGUUUGAUUGAAAAAAAAACAAAGAACGUUAUUCAUUGGAGGUGAGGAACUCGCCUUUGUUUUAAACAUUAAUAUUUAGGGGUGGGCAGUUGAGGAAGCCUGGAGGAGAAAUUGAUCUGAAACCACAAGAUGAAGAGAAACUUCAGAUUAUAAAAAACCAAUUGACCGAUUUGGAAAGGGAAGAGAGACUUUUGGAUACUCAUCUUCAAUGGAUUAGACAAGUGAGUUGAUUCAACGUUGUAAUUGUUGCUUUUAGAGUAUGAGAAAUGUAUGUGAAGAACAAGACAACUGCAAGCAUGCAUAUUUGAGUAAAGAAGAGACCGCUAGUGUGUUUGGAAAUGAUCAGAUUCUCCUAGUGCAGGCGCCUCCAGGUACGGACAUUCAAGUGGGUCAACCCAAUAUGUAUGUUGAUGAAGUCAAGUAUAAUCUCAAAGCAAAAUCACACUGCGGGCCGGCUUCACUGGCACUAAUAAACCUCAAAGAUUGCCGAGGGUCUGUUGGAUUUCCCCGGAAAGAUUUGGCAUCUGAUGUUCCCAAAAAUAUUCUGGAGAAUGAAGAAGAGGAAAGUAAUCAGGAGGGGAAACAGGUCGAAGACCAUUCAAUCGAUACGCUUCAGAGGCUAAGUCCCCCUCCAUCCGAUUACGAUUACUCUUGUGGUCUGACACGAGGAGAAACUUUGAUGGAACUGUACAAUGAGGACGUAUAUUGA